AUGUCAUCCAAUCAAGAUAAUACAGAAGCUAGGGAGGACACCAACAUGGACGCCCAGUACAGCCAUUCAUCAUCAUCUUCUUCUUCUUCUCAGGGAGAGUUCCUGCCGCUCAGAGGCGAGAGCCCUGUCGAACCUGAACGUCAGACGGCCGAAACGGAUGUAAACCAACAAUCACAUGAGAUAGACACUGGAUCCCUCGUUGCGGGUUUUGAAGGGCUACAAGUGCAGAGCAACCCCACCCAUAACCAGUUCCAAGCGUGUGAAGUCCGAAUCAUAAUGUGUCCAUUAUGCACGCACUCAUUGAGAGUGCCGAGACCGCUGAAUCAGUGGUACCUUAUACGCUUUCACCCAGAGUUCCAUUUGUCUGCGGACUUGUUCGUCGACCUUGAUAAUCGGCUUGAUGCAGACCAUGUGGAGAGAACAACGCACUUUAAUCACCCUGUGCUUCGAGCUCUGUAUCAUUUUACACAGAACCCAUCCUAUGAUUCUGUCUCCUUCUACUGUUGUCGGGCGGCAGGAUUAGAAGGCCGUUGCGAAUCAGCUGCCCGCGGUUGGUAG